GGUAUAUUCUGGGCACAUACGUGAGAGUUGAAGAUCAGUCUUCUUAUGCUGUUGUCUCUGGAUGCGACUCGAAGGGCCUCAUGAGUAACUGUCGAUUAUUUUUGUAUGUGAGUGAUCUUCAUGUCCCGGCAACUUCCGAGCACCCACAGCGUCAUCCCACUUUGCAUGUGUAGAGUACCCCACUAGGUAUCCCCCACCCCACUCCCGAUAACAACAAUGGACAUCCAGCUGUUUGCUACCACACAGCUCAACCUCCUCCAGGCGGAGCACGCAGCCGAAGUCCUCGAGCAAACCACAUUAAUAACCUCGCUUCCACCGGCCUCGCUACAGCGGCAUGGUCUCGCACUUCUCAACUUGUCGAUAUCGACGCAGAGCACAGGAUUAGGCGGCAGGACGGUGUUAGAGCUCGAGCCCGAUGCGGCGUUGACGAGCGACGGGAAAUUCCCCACGCAUGGCCUUCGAAGCGGGGAUCUGGUGCGUGUCGAGGAGCAGCCGGGCGGCACGGCGAAGAAGAGGGAGAAGGCGGAGCUACGCGCAAAAGGCGUGGAGGGUGUUGUCCACCGAGUUUCGGAGACGCGAUUUGUGGUUGCUGUUGGUGGGAAAAAGGAACAGGAUGAUGAUGCGGGGGUGGAGGCGCUGGUGACGGGUGGAAAGAGGCUCUGGGCGGUCAAGUUGGCCAAUGAGAUGACGCAUCGCAGGAUGGUAAAGACUAUGGACAUGCUGCGGGAGCGGGGGGAGCGAGGGACUGCCGAGGGACUGGUUAGAGUGCUUUUUGGGCUUUCGGAUCCAGCUCCCUUGGAGGAUGUGCCAGAGGUGAAGUGGUUGGGCGAGGGGUUGAAUCAGAGCCAGAAGGAGGCGGUGAAGUUUGCGCUGGGAAGUAGGGAUAUUGCGUUGAUACACGGCCCACCGGGGACGGGAAAGACGCAGACGCUUCUAGAGAUCAUUCGACAGCUGGUUUUGCAGACACCUCCGAAGCGGGUGCUCGUGUGUGGGCCGUCAAAUAUCUCCGUUGACAACAUCGCCCUCCGACUACCACCGGACCUAUCAAUAGUCCGACUCGGACACCCAGCGCGUUUGCUACCCCGUGUGUUGGCAAGAUCACUAGAUGUUCUCACACAGACCAGCGGAGCCGGCGAAAUCGUCAAAGACGUUCGCCAAGAACUCGAUUCAAUGAUAGCGAAGCUCGCAAUAGGCGGGAAGAACCGGAUCCGAGGGAAGGAGCGCAAGGAAGGGUGGGAUCAAGUGCGGCAUCUACGUGGGGAAUUUCGGUUCCGAGAAGGAAAGGCUACUCGCGACCUGGUCGCUUCCAGCAAGGUGGUGUUGUCGACGCUCCAUGGUGCGGGCGGGUACCAGCUCCGUGGGGAGAAGUUUGAUGUCGUUAUCAUCGAUGAAGGAUCGCAAGCUCUGGAAGCACAAUGCUGGAUCCCGCUGUUCCUUUCAACCGGAGUCUCCAAGUUAAUCCUGGCUGGAGAUCACCUGCAGCUUCCCCCCACUGUAAAAUCCACCGCGAAGGAGCCACCGAAGAUAUCCCAGCCGAAAGAGAAGCGGUUCCGCAUCCCCACUUCAUUGGAAGACACACUCUUUUUUCGACUUCUGAAUCUUCACGGUAAUGAAAUCAAGCGGCUGCUGAAUGUACAGUACCGGAUGCACGAGGACAUCAUGCACUUUCCAUCCAAAUAUCUGUACGACUCAAAGCUAGUUGCCGAUACCUCAGUCGCAAAGCGACUUCUCAAAGACCUUCCCGACGUCGAAGAAAACGAAGACACCAGUCUUCCCGUCCUAUUUAUCGACACCCAAGGCGGCGACUUCCCGGAGUCCGUGGCCACAGACGAGUCCAAGAAACCCAGCAUAUCCUCCUCCCACUCCAACCCUCUCGAAGCCGCCCUAACGAUAAAAUAUGUCCGCUCGCUCAUCGCCGCAGGCGUGAAAGACACCGAUAUUGCAGUGAUCACUCCAUACAAUGGCCAACUGUCGCUCCUCUCUUCUGCGCUCCGUCCGGAUUUUCCCGGGCUGGAAUUGGGGAGUGUUGAUGGCUUCCAGGGAAGAGAGAAGGAGGCCAUUGUAUUCAGUCUUGUCCGAAGUAAUGAUAAGCGCGAGGCUGGGUUUCUACGAGAGGGGAGACGAUUGAAUGUCGCCAUGACGCGCGCGAGACGACACUUGUGUGUUAUCGGAGACGCGGAGACGGUGAAGCAUGCGGGCGGCUUCCUUAGGGAGUGGGUUAAGUGGGUUGAGGAAGGGGGCGAGGUGAGAUAUCCGGAUGUGGCGGAUGUGUUGUAGCUUGUAGGUGCAAUUCAAAUAGGGACUUCAAGUAAGCACUUAACCAGAAUGUCCAAGUACAUAGAGAGAAAAUCGGUCCAUUGUCGCACACGGCCUUUAACAGACUACGGUGUGGCGAUCAAGUGUCAAAGUAUCUAGAAUUGGAUGGUUCGAGGCAAUGCCAAUCGGCCAUUGAGUGAUAUAGUGGGAUUUAACGUAGCUA